UUGUAUUCAUAUUUAUUAAAACAUUUGCUAGCAUUAAGGAAAUUAAGUUUAGCAGUUCGAAAUAUAAGGAUUAUGAAUUUCUUUAUACUUACUCUAAAUGUGCAAGAGAUUUGGACCUGAUUUAUGAAAUAAGUUCAGAAAGGUCAUUACGAUCUGGAAUAAAUGGUUGUUCUGUUUUAAAUUGAUACUGUUUAUUGUAUAUAAGACAAUGACGAAUGAAAAGCUGCCGUUACAUGUUGUUGACUAUGUAAUAUUUGUCAUAACUAUUUUGAUUUCACUGGGCAUUGGCGUGUACCAUGCAAUUACCGGCGGAAAGCAGCGGACAACGUCGGAAUUUUUCGUCGGAGAUCGAAAAAUGUCCGUCUUGCCAGUAGCAUUAUCAAUGAUGGUAACGUUUGAAUCUUCGAUUUUAAUGAUCGGAACACCUGCUGAAGUUUAUGUAUAUGGGAUACAAAUUAUAAUCGAAACGUUUGGAUGGUUCGUUUCAUAUAUCUUAACAUUGGGUAUGGUUGUUGCCUUGAUACAUCCGCUCAAGUUGACAAGCGCAUACGAGUAUUUGGAGAGAAGAUUCAGAUCCAAAGCUGUCAGAGUUUUAGGAACUGUACUUGGUAUUCUGUAUUAUAUAGCCUACCUUGGCAUCGUUCUAUUUGGACCAGCUAUAGCUCUAGAGGCCGUUUCUGGGGUACCGUUAUGGUUGUCCAUUAUAGCAGUGGCCGGAACUGCCAUGAUAUAUACAACCAUUGGGGGUUUCAAAGCCGUUGUUUGGGCGGACGUCUUUCAAACUAUGAUAAUGUUUGUUGGGGUAGCUGCAAUUCUAGUAAAGGGUACAAUGAAGAUAGGAGGAAUCGGAAAAACAUGGUCAAUAGCGGAGGAAAAGGGGAGAUUAAAUUUCUUUGAUUUCAGGUCAGAUCCGACACUCCGUCAUACAUUCUGGUGUUUGUCUAUUAAUGGUUUCUUCCGAAGUUUUGGACUGCUUGUCAACCAAUCCUCUGUUCAAAGAAUAAGCUCCAUGCCAACACAGGAUGCUGCAAGAAAAGUGUUAAUAAUAACGGCUCCUGCUUUUCUGAUCACAUUGUGCCUGGCUUGUGUGGAAGGAAUUGUCGCCUACGCUUACUUUGACGUUACUAAGUGUGAUCCUUUGGACUCAGGUGAAAUUAGAGAUCCCAAUCAGGUCAUUCCAUAUAUGGUAACUGACAUGUUUCAGGAGCAAGUUGGAAUGUCUGGACUCUUCUUAGCUUCUUUAUUUAGCGCUUCGUUAAGCACGCUUUCUUCGGGACUGAGUAGUUUAUCUGUACUUCUCUGGGAAGACCUGAUAAAACCCUUCACACAGCCAAUGUCAGACUUCAAGGCAACGCUUAUAGCAAAGGCUGCAGUUAUUUGUUUUGGUAUUGUGGCCGUCGUCAUUGCGUUCCUGACAUCUCUAAUUGGCGGCACCUUGGUACAGAUAGCUGUAAGUAUAUUAGCAUCUUUCCAUGGACCGCUAGCUGGAAUGUUUAUGUUUGGUGCUUUCUGUCCUUGGGCCUCCUCCAAGGGAGUAUUUGGAGGCACUGUUAUUGGUGUCGUACUGACACUGUGGAUCUGCAUUGGUCAAAUGACUACGGAAGGAUCUGUUAAAAGUUCUGAAUUACCCCCAGCGCCAACUGACCACUGUACAAACAUGAAUUCAAGUAUACUUAGUUUGAAUUAUACUCAUUCAACAAUGAAUGCUCUGAGUAUUAACACAAUUGAAAAUGUUACAGGAUAUUCAAGUUCAAUAUCAACAACGGUUUCUUCGCCGGAUAUAUCUGGAAUAGAACUAAUGUAUACAAUGUCAUAUCAGUGGUUCAGCUUAGUGGGAAUAUCUUGUGUCUUCAUAUUUGGAUCUAUAAUUUCCUUCUGCACAGGUGCCAACAGACCUAGAACAAACGACUAUAAGUAUUUCAUACCUGUGUUUGACCAUCUGUUCUGGUAUCUGCCGCAAACGUGGUUGAAAAUACUAAGAUGUGGAGUGAAAUACCAACAUGACAAGAGAAUUAACGAUGGUAACAAAGAAAAGGAAAUGGCAUUGAUGAGAGAUACAAUGAAUUCUGUGCAACUUUAAUGUUCAUUUAGUAGUUUUAUUAUCUGUUUGGAACAAUCUUUUUUAGCCAGUCUAUAAAAUGUCUUAUCUUUCUUAUAAUAUUUACAUAUCAAGGACAGUAUGAAUCUACAGAUGCAAUGUUAGAUUAUUUUAAUAUAUUUAGAUGAUAGUGUAAAUAAUUUUUAAACAUGUUAAUGUUCAUGUUAGUGUCAACACUAGUUCAUUUGUUUCAUCCAAUAUUUCUAACACAAAUCUUUUUAGAACGCAACUCAGCAAAAAAACAGUAUAUUUGGUAUGAAUCGGCCUGUUUAUGACAGUAAUGAAAUGUAUAACAGCCCUUGCACCCCUUACACCGGUUUAAACGGAAAUCUAUCUUACAGGUUCACUAAUUGGACUCAAUGAUCCUAAAGGUAUAACAACACUGAUAUCACAUUGUGAAGGACGUCAAACAUUUUUCAGAAAGACACACAGCUCAUCCGCAGCAUAAUCUGAUAGUCUAAUAUCUGUAUUCUCAAUGUCAUGCUAUAAAUACAAUAAUUUCUAUUGCUGUCAGUUUUCCAAGGUGAGUUAUAAGCCCGUAUAAAAAUAAUGAUAAUUCCGUAUGGAUAGCCACGAUCCAAGAAAGAAGUCUCCCCGAAAUAAAACCCCUACAUAUAAGUGUAUAUAAGAAUGUGUAAA